AUCGAGCGAGCCGCGGGCGCCGGCUCCCGGGCUGUCAGCGCGGGGCCGCGAGGGCGCGAGGAGGCGCGCCAGCAGGAAGGAGCCGCGGCCGGGGGCAGCUGCCGCGCCGCCGCGGGGGCACUAGGUGAAUGCGCCUUCCACCCCUGCCCCGGGUGCCGAGGUCGCGUCUGAGGAGGCGGGGUCCCCUCUGCUCACACCGGCCGGGGCGGCCGCGCUCCGGGGCAGGUGUUGCCACUGCUCUCCUUUCAUUGGCCAAUGCAAGUCACGUGGCCAAAUCUGAUGUCAGUGGAGAUGAGGAAGUGUAACCCUCUCAUGUACCUUCAAGUAAGAUCCAGUCCCUCUGUGAAACUUCUAAACACCUUUUAUUAGUAGAAACAUUAUUUCCUACAAAAUGAAGUCAACAUCUUAAUUUAAACCAGCAUUUGUGUGGUUCUGAUUUACCUACAAUGGUUCAUAAAGCUUGAGAUCUCAGGAGUACAGGGUCUUUUGCGAUGACAAUAUGACUAAUAGCAAAGGAAGAUCUAUUACUAAUAACACAAGUAGUGGUCCAAGUAGUGGAGGAGGUUUAGUAGACUGGACUUUACGCUUAAAUACAAUUCAGUCUGAUAAGUUUUUAAACUUGUUGUUGAGUAUGGUUCCAGUAAUUUAUCAGAAAAACCAGGAAGAUAGGCACAAGAAAGCAAAUGGCGUUUGGCAAGAUGGAUUAUCAACAGCAGCACAGACUUUUAGCAAUCGAUCUGAGCAGCACAUGGAGUUUCACAGUUUCUCAGAGCAGCCUUUUCAUGGCAAUAAUGGGCACACACCCACAAGCUGUAGCCCCAAGUAUGAUGAUUAUGCCAACUACAAUUACUGUGAUGGAAGGGGCACUGCAGAAGCUGCUUCCAUGUUGCAGAAUGAAGACGCAUCUAGUGAUGGGGAUGAAGACGCCAUUGUGGAGGCAAACCAGAAAUCACCCAAGGAAUCCAGCGGUGUCAUGGCGCUGCAAAUACUGGUACCAUUUCUGCUAGCUGGUUUUGGAACAGUGUCAGCCGGCAUGGUUUUGGAUAUAGUGCAGCACUGGGAGGUAUUCAAAAAGGUAACAGAAGUUUUCAUUUUAGUUCCUGCACUUCUUGGUCUCAAAGGGAACUUGGAAAUGACAUUGGCAUCCAGAUUAUCCACUGCAGUAAAUAUUGGGAAGAUGGAUUCGCCCAUUGAAAAAUGGAACCUCAUAAUUGGCAACUUGGCUUUAAAGCAGGUUCAAGCGACAGUGGUUGGUUUUCUAGCAGCUGUGGCGGCGGUGAUCCUGGGCUGGAUUCCGGAGGGGAAGUACUACCUCGACCAUUCCAUACUUCUGUGUUCCAGCAGUGUAGCCACUGCUUUCAUUGCGUCUCUUCUACAAGGAAUAAUAAUGGUUGGCGUUAUCGUUGGUUCAAAGAAGACUGGCAUAAAUCCUGAUAACGUUGCUACCCCCAUUGCCGCUAGUUUUGGCGACCUCAUAACUCUUGCCAUAUUAGCCUGGAUAAGUCAGGGUUUGUACUCCUGUCUUGACAACUAUUACUACAUUUCUCCAUUAGUUGGUGUCUUUUUCUUGGCUCUAACUCCUAUCUGGAUUAUAAUAGCUGCUAAACAUCCAGCCACAAGGACAGUUCUCCACUCGGGCUGGGAGCCUGUCAUAACAGCUAUGGUUAUAAGUAGCAUUGGGGGCCUUAUUCUGGACACAACCGUAUCUGAUCCAAACUUGGUUGGGAUUGUUGUUUACACGCCAGUUAUUAAUGGUAUUGGUGGUAAUUUGGUGGCCAUUCAGGCUAGCAGGAUUUCUACCUACCUCCAUUUACAUAGCAUUCCAGGAGAACUGCCUGAUGAACCCAAAGGUUGUUACUACCCAUUUAGAACUUUUUUUGGACCAGGAGUGAAUAAUAAGUCUGCUCAGGUUCUCCUGCUUCUUGUGAUUCCCGGACAUUUAAUUUUCCUCUACACUAUUCACUUGAUGAAAAGUGGUCACACUUCUUUAACUGUGAUCUUCAUUGUGGUGUACUUAUUUGCUGCUGUACUACAGGUGUUUACCUUGCUAUGGAUUGCUGACUGGAUGGUGCAUCACUUCUGGAGGAAAGGGAAGGACCCGGAUAGCUUCUCCAUCCCCUACCUGACGGCAUUGGGUGACCUGCUUGGGACAGCUCUUUUAGCCUUAAGUUUUCAUUUUCUUUGGCUUAUUGGAGAUCGAGAUGGGGACGUUGGAGACUAAUAAAUCCUACAAACUGUUCUCAAGUCCCAGCAAGGAAAACACAAGACAACCACGUAUGACUCUUUUUCAAAAAUCUUAAAUCAGUAGUUGACUUCUACCAGGGUAAUCUUUAGUUGGCCCUGAUUCAAUUAAAUGGCCUUAACAUUUUUUUAAGGAAUUUGUGUUAAAACCAGAAUGAACAGUAUUUGUGCUGCUUUUCAUAGAAUAAAUGGUAAUUUGACAUAGAUGUAGACACACGCUCAAGCUCUGAAAUUAAUUAAAUAGGAAAGAAUAUAAGAUGUUUACAGUGAAUAAUUAAAAAUCACUGAUGUAGCAGAAAUGUAAUUUAUUAUUGUUUAACUUAAUAAUGCCAGGUUUGAGGAAACUGAGUUCUACUUCAGCCUGUCUUGUCUCAAAGAUGUGUUGUCCUGCAAAUCCUACUAUAAAAUGAAAAGGACCAAAACCAAGCCUUUAACAGUUUUAACUAUGCCCAUCUGUCUGCUAGCUGAGGAUAAAUGAUCAGCUAUUAGCUCCCAACCUGACUUAAAUAUGUUCUGCUGAGCAUAAGAUAAACUUACUUUUCCCUGUGCCAGUGUGAAUUUCAGCUCUGUAAGGUCUUGGUAGGCUAGCCUUGAAACACAGAAUGACCUCGAGAGAUCUUUAAAGAAAGCAGUGGGUCAUAUUUAACCAUUGUUUCAGUGAAAGAAUUUUGAUCUUUCUAAGAAGACUGAAUAGUCUAAACCAGAAGAUAAACUGGGCUGCAUUUGUAGGGACAGGAUGGUGUAAGAAAUUGUGUGUGUGUGUGUGUGUGUGAGAGAGAGAGAGAGAGAAGAACAGAGAGAAGGCAGAGAGAAGUGUUGGACGGAGAACAAAGUCUUGGAUUGUUGAUAGCAAAGAUUAUAGUGCUAUAGAAAUACUAACUUUAUAUAAUUAUUCUUAAACACAUUUUAUUGAUAUGCUUUUAUCAUUUGGUCUGCAAAUUUUGCUACUCUCCAGGAUUUACUAUUUAUUACCUGUAUUGUAAUUUUUUCUUAUGAAAAAAACUACCAUUUAAUAUCACCAUGAUUUUAUUAUAAGAUUUCAAGUGAGCAAGUGAUCCAUUUGCUCUUUUGAAGACGUUGGAACGUUUAGGCUUACUGUUUUAAGAGAGAAGUUGGUGGGUUACCUUAGUGGUUGGUCACCUCUGUACAUAUCACCUGUUUGCACAGGCUUAUCUCUGCUCUGUCAUAUACAGUGCUAUGUUUCCUAUAUAUUUUUCUAAAACUCUGACCUAUAUUCCUAAACUUGGCCAACGCUUUAGUUAUUCAGUAGGUCAGCAUUUUUAUAUCACAUAUUGUUCAUUUAAAAAAAUUCAGUAGAGUCUCUCAAGACCAUCAGAUAUCUAAUAAUUGAACUGGUAAGGGGAAACAUGUACAUUAACGUUGAUCAUUUUGGUUUAAGUUGUGAGUUAGGGUUAACAUAUAAAUAGUAUAUUGUUUAUAAACAUAAUGGGGGACGUAUUCCUCUUACACUCUUUAAAAUAAGGGGACUGUGGUAUAGAGUUAUAUAUUUUGCUUAUUUUAAAACUUUAAUUAUUCCACUCUUCUGCCUUAUAAUGAAUCUUCCAAGGCAGAGAACUGAACUAAUUACAGACUUUCUCCUUUGGAGAGUUAUAAUGCCAAAUAGUGAACAUUCUUUUAAAAGAAAGAACGAUUAAGUCAAUGAAUAUGUAGCUGCAAAGAGUUUUUUUUAUUUAAAAAAAUCCAUAAAUAAUUUCUUUGAUUUUUAUUGUAAAGCAUUUGUAAAUUACUUAUUUACAUUUGGGCUGUGUGAUUCAUAAGCGUUUCUAUUUGCCGAUAGAUUUCUAUCUUGAUUUAUAACAGAAAAAAUUGCUCGGCAAACUACAUUUUUAAAGCAUUUACCAUCAUCUUUAGUGCAUUACCUAUUCUGAAACACACUCAAAGACACUCUAUUAUAUAGUACUCACAACGGCACCUGUGAACCAGAUCAGGGAGAG